GCGUGGAGUUGCUCUGGGGUAAAAUCUCUCGAACCACCACCCCAAAUCUCUCACAACUUACCUCUCUGUCUUCGGAAUCUUCACUCACCGUAUCCUUUUCACACCCCUCUCACCCCAAUUCACAAUCAUGCUCGCCUCCUCCAGAAACGCAUUACGUCAAGCUGCAUCCAAGCAGUUCUCCAUCAAGACCACAGUCAGAGCGGCUUCCGCCUGGUCAAAUGUCCCCCAAGGACCUCCCCCAGCAGGUAUCACGGAAGCCUUCAAGGCAGACACCAAUGCUGAGAAAAUCAACUUGGGCGUCGGCGCAUACCGAGAUGACAAGGGCAAGCCGUUCGUACUGCCAUCAGUCCGGCAGGCUGAGAAGAAGCUUGUAGACUCUGCGUUGGAUAAAGAAUACGCUGGCAUCACUGGUGUUCCAGCUUUCACAAAGGCUGCUCUCCAGUUAGCAUAUGGUCCAGACUCUGUACCACUCAAGGAGGAUCGCAUUGCCAUCACACAGACCAUCUCUGGGACUGGUGCCCUUCGGAUUGGAGGAGCUUUCUUGGAACGCUUCUACCCUGGUGCGAAGUCCGUCUACAUCCCCAACCCCUCCUGGGCAAACCACAAUGCCGUCUUCAAGGACUCGGGCCUGAAGGUGGAGAAGUAUCGGUACUAUAACAAGGACACUAUCGGCCUGGACUUCGAUGGAAUGGUCGCCGAUAUUAAGGCUAUGCCGAAGGGCAGUAUUAUCAUGCUCCACGCCUGCGCUCACAACCCGACUGGUGUUGACCCGACCGAGGAGCAGUGGCUGAAGAUUGCCCAGGCGGUCAAGGAGGGCGAACACUUCCCAUUCUUCGACAUGGCCUACCAAGGCUUCGCCAGUGGCGACACCAACAAGGAUGCCUUUGCUCUUCGACACUUCAUCAAGGAGGGUCUGCGUCCUGCUCUUUGCCAGAGUUUUGCGAAGAACAUGGGGUUGUAUGGCGAGCGUGUUGGUGCCUUCUCGAUUGUCUGCGAAUCCGCAGAGGAGAAGAAGAGGGUCGACUCUCAGAUCAAGAUUCUUGUCCGACCUCUCUACUCCAACCCUCCCAUUCACGGUGCCCGUAUCGCCUCCACGAUCCUGAACGACCCGGCUCUUAAUAAGCAAUGGUUGGGCGAAGUCAAGGAUAUGGCUGACCGUAUCAUUACUAUGCGUGCUCUUCUUAAGGAGAACCUCGAGAAGCUUGGGAGCAAGCAUGACUGGAGCCACAUCACCUCCCAGAUUGGCAUGUUCGCAUACACGGGCUUGAAGCCGGAGCAGAUGGACGUUCUGGCCAAAGAGCACUCUGUGUAUGCAACAAAGGAUGGCAGAAUCUCUGUGGCAGGCAUUACCAGCGGUAAUGUCAAACGCUUGGCAGAGGCCAUCUACAAGGUAACCGGCUAGAUACCCAAUCCGUUCACCGCAACAUAGCUCCGCUCGCAAAAAGAUUUGGCACGGCAUGGGGUACACUGUACUGUACUAUGUUCGAGUAUACAUAGACGCGACAGGUCCGCGAAUAGACAACUAGAUUGCAUUGUGUAGUCGGCGGCAAAAUUCGAGCUU